GGAAGCUACUGCUGCAGCAGCACAGUCCUGUGCUCCCUCUUUAAAUAUCAAGAUACACAGAUAUCCUCCCUGUUUUGAUGCUGUUUCCUUUUCAAACCAUCAGACACUUUCUGCACACCCCCCUUCUUUUCCUAACAAUGGGGUUAUGACUGAGCCUUGCAUCAUUGAUCAAAUGAUGUUUGAGGUUAAAAAUAAGGCUGCCUGCAGGGACAACUGGCUAUAAAUGCUGGAUCAAGAUCUCUCUUUCAAAACAGAACAGCAUACUCUGACAUCUUGAGAUCAGAAGUGAAGAGGUGGCUGGCGAUCUCUCCCUUCCUGUCUUUUUAUGCAGAGAAUGAAUCUCUCUAUCACCUUCUCUCUGUUCCUGCUGAUCGGCCCAAACCCUUGUCAGCCCUGCACUUCUUGUUUCGUUUUCAUGUGGAUAUCCAAUUUCCUUCCAGAUGUGCAUUCCAGACCAUCACAGCACGCUGGGUGGAAGUUUCCCAGCCCUGAGACCCAUGGAGUUAAUUGGUAAUCCAGUUGGGGAAAUAGGGGAAUGUGAUUCUUGCUACCAGAGAAAAACAACCAAUUCUUCAACCAAGCAUAGAACAGUGAGAUGAGAAUCUCACUAUUGAGUCGCAAGAGGUCUUUUUGCAUCCAUUUCCGUUGCCAUUUUUAUCCAAACUCACCUAAAGGAUGUGCUGUUUCCUAUUUUCCCAAUUGCCAUGAGGAAACGAGAUGGUGACAAUUCCCAACUGAAAGCUAGAGCAACUUCAGCUUGCCACUCGCUCAUCCAGACUUGCAUCUUGAAAAUCGGAGACCACCAUCUCAGGUCAUGCUCAAUGGACUAUGACUACUAAGGAGUAAAAGAAUGACGAAAGUAAGAUAAGGAACAAAAGAAUGAAGAAUGAUGAAAGUAAGAUUAGGCCCAAUCAAGGAUAGUAGUGGUAAGUUGUGCGUGGAGUCAGAUGAGAUAGGGGAAACGCUAAAUGAAUAUUUUUCAACAGUAUUCACUCUAGAAAACGACAAUGUUGUCGAGGAGAAUACUGAGAUACAGGCUACUAGGAACAAAAGAAUGAAGAAUGAUGAAAGUAAGAUUAGGCCCAAUCAAGGAUAGUAGUGACUCUUUUCCCAAGUCCCGAGGAAGGCUGGGAAAUCUACAGUUCCGCCCAGGAUCCGGAUGGGAAGUGCGUCUGUGCAGUAGUGGCCCAGCGGAGUAUGUGCUCGCGGGAUGCACGCAGUAAGCAACUCCGACAGCUGCUGGAGAAGGUUCAGAACAUCUCACAGUCUAUCGAGGUCCUGGAUCUACGCACCUAUCGCGAUCUCCAGUAUGUUCGGAACACAGAAUCACUGAUGAAAGUUCUCAACGCUAGGCUGAAAGUCGUAUCAGAGAGCCAAACAAACCUGUUGAACAGAAAUUUCCAGGAACUAAAGGAGAAGAUGAAUGAAUUGUUGCCACUGAUACCAGUCCUCGAUCAAUACAAAUCAGAUGCCAGAUUGAUUCUAAAGUUAAAGGAAGAAGUUCGGAACCUCUCAGUAGUCCUGCUGGGAAUCCAGGAAGAAAUGGGUGCCUAUGACUAUGAGGAACUACAGCACCGAGUCAUGCUUCUUGAGCAGAGACUCCAUGCCUGUAUGCAGAAAUUGGGCUGUGGGAAGCUAACGGGCAUCAGCAACCCAUUCACCGUCCGGGCUUCGGGCUCCCGCUUUGGGGCAUGGAUGACCGACACUCUGGCAUCGAGCACAGAGAAUCGGUUGUGGUACAUGGACGGAUACCUGAACGGUCGGACGGUGCGCGAGUUCCGCUCCUUCAACGACUUCGUCAAGGGGGAGAAGUUCGUCAUCUACCGCCUGCCUCACCCUUGGGCGGGAACGGGUCACGUGGUCUUCAACGGCUCGCUCUACUACAACAAGUACCAGAGCAACAUCGUCAUCAGGUACCACUUCCGGUCGCGCAGCAUCCUGGUCCAGCGGAGCCUGGACGGGGCCGGCUACAACAACACCUACCCGUACUCGUGGGGCGGCUUCUCCGACAUCGACCUGAUGGUGGACGAGAGCGGCCUGUGGGCCGUCUACACCACCAACCAGAACGCGGGCAACAUCGUCAUCAGCCGGCUGGACUCCCAGACGCUGGAGAUCCUCCAGAGCUGGGACACGGGCUACCCCAAGCGCAGCGCCGGUGAGUCCUUUGUGAUCUGCGGCACCCUGUACGUGACAAACUCCCACCUCGCCGGCGCCAAGAUUUACUUUGCCUAUUACACCAACACAUCAAGCUACGAGUACACUGAUAUCCCAUUCCACAACCAGUACUCUCACAUAUCCAUGCUGGACUACAACCCGAGAGAUCGAGUUCUUUACACCUGGAAUAACGGUCACCAGGUUCUCUACAAUGUCACCCUUUUCCACGUUGUUAAGACGUCGGGCGAGUUGUAAUGUCGUGACAGGACACUCCUUUUUACAUUUAAGCAUACUGAUACUUAAAGGAAAAGAAACAAGACUGUUCAGUGUGAGUGCGCAUGGUUUUUUUUUUGUGUUACCAAACAAUAAAGUUUAACUUUGAAAUGGACAAA